ACACACGGCAGCCGUCAUGGUCUAUUCUCUUGUGUGUGCAAUCCAGGCAAAACAGAUCGCCACCAAUUCUUCGACACAACAAUUUCGACUAAUUGGACAUACGAGGACUACCAUACGUGGUUUGAUUCUCUUAAGGUUAAUAAAAACCACGUAGCUGGAGUAGUCGGAGAUGGUUUGCCAGCCCAGGUUAAAGGACUCUGCCACUGGAGGCCAGAAGGAGCCCUUUUCCCUGGCUUACAAACCGUGUACAUUCGUUGCCUUAACCACGUCUUGAACAAUGCUAUUGUCCACGCACGUAAGCAAUGUCCAUUGUUGAAUGAACUGAUGAAUAGAGUUCACCAGAUUAUCAUUAUCUUUAAGAAUCACGAUAUGAGAGCGAGAUACAAGAUCAGGGUUCCAUCAAUCCCGGAAACUCGCUGGCUCUACAUAUAUGAUACUCUGUUUUUCAUCUUUGAUAAUCUGGAAACAAUUAAUACUGCUUUAAGAAGUGGAGAUCUUCCACUAUCCCUUUCCAGAGCUACACGUGAACAGUUACAAUGGACACGUGAUGGAAUUCCUCCACUCUUUAAAGAUGCUUUAAUGAUAUUCAAGCCAUUAAAGCAACUUCAAUUAUGGCUGGAAUCCAACAAGUCCAUGGGUGCUUAUGCAUUCCUGAUGAUACAACAGUGCCAAGGGAUGUUGGAUGAAAUGGCAGGAAGAUUAACGCCAGAUGGUGAAGAGAUUCUCCGAUCAAUCACUACAAUAUUCAAAAAUGAUAUGAAAGAAUAUGGUAGAAUUGAUUUGCUUCGGUUUGCUUUCGGCUUUACACCGUUAGCAAGGAAGAUCAUCAGAGACAAGAAGGGUUUUGGAGGAAAGACAAGCUAUCCACCUAUAAUGCAGUUGAAAGAUGUGCAAGUCCCAACGAUUCCUUCCCUGAGGAUCAUCAAUCGCGAGAUCACAUUUGAGAAACUCGGCGAAAUCCUUGAAGAAGAACGAACAGAACGUGUUGACGAGGUAGCCGAGCAUGAUGAAGAGAUCCAGCAAGCAGAAGAGGAACAAAUGCUUAACGACGAUCAUGCAGCCGAAACAAAUGCCGAUGGUUCGAGGAAUUCCUUGGUCUGGGAUGUUGUAGAUGAAGAGAUAAAAGAUCUAUACACAUUCAUGAUAACAAUCCUCAGACAAAGAGCAAUUGCCGAAUCAACAGUUGAUCCAACGAUCAAUAAAGACGAUAGAGCCAAGGAAUUGAGUGAUGCUUACGAUUUCUUCAUAGAGCAAGAUGAUUCCCAUCUUAUAAAUGGUCAUCAUCUUGCUCAAAAUGAUGGCAAGUUUUGGUACAUGAAUGGCAUAAAGCAACUAAAAGCAAUAAGACCAAUUGGAAAAAGGAUGAUGUCACUUUCGUGCAGUGAAGCAGAUGUAGAACGUGUAAUAUCUGAAUUGCGAAAGACAAGAAAUUCAAUGAACGAAUCAUGCAAAGAAGAAUAUGUAGCAUGCCGCUUCUUCAUCAAGUUGAAUGAUGAUCAAUUUGAUAUUUGA